AAAACCUCCUAAGUAACUUGUGUAAUUUGUCUUUUUUUAAACGGGCAUUUUAAGUUUGAAAGCCUGUUUUGAGAGUGCAAAAGCCCCACCCAAACCGGCCCUUUAGAUUUAGCUCAAUCGUAAAAGUGAAUGAUUUAAGUCUAUUUUCUAAAUAUUAAAAAGGAAAACAAAAUCUUCAUUUUUUCUUUUUUAUCUUUUUUUAUUUUUUAUCAACAAUUGAAUAAACCCAAUGUCUUUUAUAAAUAGACACUUCUUUGAGAAAAGAUUUCCGAGUCGACCGAGAUUCUAAGAGUACCUUGUGCAUAUAAGUGCUCUAUAGCGGUCAGAAGGACGAGCUUUCCAAACUCUCUUCAGUUUUUCUCAAAUCCUCUUCGAAUUCGCACCAUGAAACUGAGGCUCAAAUCACUUGAAACCAAAGAAACCCUAAGAAUUGAAGUACCCAAUUCAUCAAUAUCUCUCCAACACCUCAAAGAUGUCAUUCUUCAUAGUAUUUCUUCUUCCUCUUCCUCUUCCUCUUCCAUACACCUUUCUCUCAAUCAGAAGAACGAGCUUCAUGGUUCAUAUGAAGGCACUCUUCAGUCUCUAGGCAUCACCUCUGGCGAUCUCAUCUUCUUCACUGUCAACCCGAAUUGGUUUUCCUCAGAAACAGAAACCCUAACUGCCCAAUCCCAUACUCCUCAAAAACCCAAUUCAGAACACCAUCGGAAUCAACAAAUAUCCCCGUCCAUAGAAAAACAGUUCCAGAAAGAACACGUGUUGAAAAGUGAAACCCUAGAUUUUGAAUCUGGGGAUGGUGAGAUUAAGCCCGAGGAAGAUAAAAAGUUGAGUUUGUCUGUGACAGAGUAUGUGGAUGUUGAUGAUCGGUGGUCUGUACCUUGUUUUCUGAGGAAAGCGUUUGGGAAAGAGGCGGUUGGUGAUGGUGGUGGUUAUCAGCUGUUGGUGAUUGCUGUUCAUGCUGUUUUGUUAGAGUCUGGCUUCGUUAGAGUUGAUCCUGUCUCAAAAUUGAUUCUUGAUGGGUUUAAUCCCAACGAAUGGCCUUCGUCUUCUUUCAAGAUGGUGAUUUCAUACACUCUUCCUGAGAUUCUAGGUACUAGGAAUGGAAUUGAAACUGUUGUAUUGAGGUUUGCGAGUGUAGGCAAGUUUCUUAACAUUUAUGGAUUUCCUGGGUCUUACCAAGUGUACCUAGACAAAGACCGAUUGGUUCCAUUCUUGAAUGUAGUGUGGGCAAAUUGUGGGUGGUUUGAUGAAUCAAAUGGAAAGGAUUUGUAUUCCGAUACAUACCCUGAAAUAGAAGUGUUAAAAAUUUGGAAGAUUGUGAAGGAUAAAAUUGCAUUGCCUCUUCUAAUUGAUUUAUGCGAGAAAGCUGGUUUGGCACCUCCACCUUGCUUUAUGAGCCUACCCACCAGCCUUAAACGCAAGAUUUUGGAGUCACUAGCCGGCAUUGAUCUUGGUAGAGUGGGAUGUGUAUGUUCGGAGCUGUUCUAUUUGUCGUCGAAUGAUGAUUUGUGGAAGCAAAAGUUUGUGGAGCAGUUUGGCAAUUUGGUAGGAUCACAGGGAAGGAGCCAUUGGAAAGAGAAGUUUGCUAAGUGUUGGGAGUGUAGGACAAGGGCUUCUCCAUCUCUUAUGGGUGUGAGAAGAGACUUUAAUCCAGUGGGGGUUCUAGGAUUUAUUGGUGGUCAUUAUCACUACUUGCCAUUUCUUGCCAUCCCACUACCACCUAGCGUAGCCUUCCAACAUUAUCCAGCACCUCAGAAUUUCAGGCUUCAUUGUAAUUUGGGAGGACAGGGUGCUUUAUCUAGGAGUUUGAAUUAUCCUUGGUUAUGGUUGAAUGCUGAUUCUGAGUCGCUUUGGAGGUAGUACAACUUAUAUGCUUAAUUAAGUGUUUGUUUGGUCUCUCUUACUAUAAGAAGAGAGAGAGUCAGGAACCAUGUCUCAUGUUUAAUAAUUUAUAUGGUUUUUAAUAUUUAUAUAGAUGAUCUCCAACUGCUGUGUUGCUUACUAUGUUUGUUGCGUUAUGCACUUGAGAUGACAACCUUGGUUGUGUUUGUGCUA